AAUACAUUUAUGUUUCUCGACGGUUAGCAUUUUGACUACCACGGUCAUCGUCAUGGCGAAACAUCUUCGCUUCGUUGCCCGGACAGUAAUGGUCCAAGACGGCAACGUGGAUGGAGCGUACAAAUAUCUCAACAGAAUCCUAACCCAAGACGGGAUCAUUGAGGCAGUGAAGCGCAAACGCUACUAUGAGAAGCCCUGCAGAGAGCGUCAGCGGAAGAACUAUGAGAACUGUAAGCGUAUCUAUGACACCGAAAUGGCUCGCAAAAUUGCCUUCAUCUCUAGGGCAAACAGGACGGAUCCUUGGCUUGGUUCUUAGUGAAGUGGCGAGUCAUAUGGGGAUGUUCACAGUGGAAUAGUUGAAAUGCAAGGUGGAGAAAAAGGAAACUCGGCCCAGUAUUAAUGUCACCAAAUGAAGACUAGAAAGAAUGGGCUACUUUUUUUCCACAAGGAAUAUUGUAGUCUAACGGUCUUUGUUUUGACACAAACCUUUGUAUGAAAAAUGUUGUGCUUGUUUUUGGAAAUUUGAUUUUUGCUCUUAAUGAACGCUGUCUAAGGAAUUAUCUAUUCAGAACUUUCGCUGAAGUAAAAAUCUAUCAAAGCUCAUAAAGGUGGUGUUGUUUUUAAAGGUUCCCCAAAAUGGUUUAAACUACUGUAAUUCUCGGCCUAUGGAGCGUGCCUGGUAUUAAGCCCCAGUACACAGAAAGAGUUUAAUGCUAGCACCGCGUCACUGCAUAGAAUGCAGCGUUGAAAGUGUGUGAAAAAAGUUGCAGCUUGUAGGUUGGAAAUACUGAUGGAUACCAGACUGUCAGAUAAGUCGAAUAAGGUUAUUAUUAACACACUGAUUGAAAUUUAUUGGUUUUAUCUAGCCUAGUCUUACAUCCAUGUUUUCCAUAACGCUUGUUCUCAUAUUUUGGGUGAGCUGGAGGCAUUUAUCAGGAUGACAUUUCAAGCAGUUUUAUCUCUUCACACUAAAACUGUGAGAAAGGUAUAAACUAAGGACAUUAUGACCUUACUGUGUUUUAAAAAAAAAACUGCAAAUGUCUGACGAGUCAUUCAUGUUAGAAGAAUAAUUUCAUGUCAAAUCUGUAAUAUUGUAAAAGGUUUCUUGCAAAAGCUCGAGUGCUUGAUCGCAACAAUUUUCACCAAUGUGCAUUGCAGGAGUCUAAGAGAAAUAGUUUUGUCAUUCAAAUGAUUACUAAGAGAAUUGCACAGUUAAAAGUAAGUGACAUAUGUAACAAUAUAAAAUAGGGAACCUGCUACAUUUAUGCCUUCGUUGUAGGUAUUGUAUUUUCACAGGACAAUAAUAGUAUUUUCAAGGUUAAAGACAGAUGAAAUCGUACGUCACUCAUGCAUACACCUGAAUAAACAAUGUAUUUUGAAUAAAAGUAAUCUAAUUUGACUAAUAUGUUACUGUAUGAGAAGCUGUAAUUGAGACUAAAUUCAUAACUCCACGCUCAAUCUGUUCCUGUUCCCAUCUGACUUUGCAAAUUGGAAGUCAUAUGUACAGUACUGCAAUGGUGUUAUAAUACAGACAGGGCAAAUACACCCAAUAAGGUUUUUGGGCAU